GCAGACGUGUUGGGUUGUGCCUGGUUGUGCGCUGCGCACACACGGAAUCAGUAGAGCGCUGGAUACGCAUUGGUAGUAGUUGUCCGGCGCUUAGCUGCUGCUGCUGCUACUGCCGCCGCCAGCUGUAUUGCGCGAUCUGCGAGCGAGUUUGAGAUGAUGCAAUUCACGUAGCGUCGGUUACCGUGCACUCCUAGGCGUAGGAGAAUUUGGUUUGAUGGGCCUCUAGUAGCGGGCAUUCGAAAGCAAACAUGGUUGGCGCGGCUGAGUACGGCGAGAGGGACUGCCCGGUGGCGAUGGAGAGCAGAUACGCAGCGGGUAAGGUGCCGCUGAUCGAGCAGCAGUUUCGCACCAAGCGCCUCGGCUCAGACAGCUCGGACAACACGCAGCCCCUGCUGGCCGCUGUCCACUCGUCCGGCCCCGGCAGUCCCGCAAUAACGCCGUUCUCGCGCGCCGAACUGAGAGAGCAGAUCGCCGUUGACUGCCGCCUGGAGAUGGCGCCUCCGUCCCCGUCGCGGACAGGGGGCGCCACCAAUCCGGUCGCCGCCGUCCGCAAGCAUCUUGCGCUUGAACAUGACCAGCGUUGCCGCAAAGCGUCAGGAGAGGGCGCCGUGUGCACGCACACGCCGAGCGCAGAGCGCAUUGUUGCCGACGAUUGCGACGACGGCGGCGCGACGCUCGAGCUCAUCGCCCACGCGAUGGCGCCACGCGCACCGGGCCUCCAUCGCAGCCCAUCCCAGGAGAACAUCUGGGCGCUGCUGUUCGCUGAACAGCGGGAUGAGCGCGAGAACAACGUGGAGCUCGACGAGUCGACGACUACGUUCUUCGACGAGACGGACAUGUCGAUGUCGAUCGAGCGCGAGGGCAGCUCUGUGUCGCUGAACAAGCACGUGAUGAAGGUCGAGGUGGAGGUCGCCACCAAGCGACACUUCAGUGACUCGAUCCUCGGCAAGAAGACGGCGAUGUACCGGCCGAGCGUGCGCUUCUACAUCGGCGACGGCGCCAACACGGAGGACGAGAUCUCCGACGACUCGGAGGUGGGUCGCCGCGCCGACAAGGCGGAGGAGGUGGAGUAUCCGCGAUACGGUGCCAAGACGGGCCGCGUCGGCAGCAUCUCAUGUCCUCAGGGGCCAGGCAUCAUCAUCAACCAGUCGCAGGUGCCCAUCUGUAGGAUCUGCCUGUUUCCGGGAGACGACCGCGAGGCGUUGAUCACGCCGUGCCGGUGCUCGGGCACGAUGAAGCACGUCCAUUACACGUGCCUGAUGAAAUGGUUACAGAUUAUUGCAAAGCGUUCAAAGAAGCAGCCGUCAUGUGAGCUUUGCAACUAUCCGUACCAAAGACACAAGAAGUUUCGGACCAACCAGUGGCAGUUCCCGUCGGUGUCGCGGCGCGACAAGAUCCUGCACGGCAUCUUCAUCUUCUGCAUCGUGAUCAUGAUCGGCUGCGCGACGUCCUUCAUCCUCUGCUUCAAGAAGGACGGCGGCCAGCGGUCCAGCGACGACCUGCAGCUGACGCGCGAGGAGGUGCUGACGCUCGCGUGCGGCGUGCUGUUCUUCGGCGCGUUCUUCACGGCGAUGUACGUUCAGGUGAAGGCCAAGAACACCGUCUACAAGCUCAUCGUGAAGUUCUUUGGCAUCAACCACACGUGGACCGUCUACGAGUACGAUAAGACCAAGGACGCCGCAGGCGGAGGCGGCAAGGUGCAGCCGGCGUCGCGCAAGGACGCGAAGGAACUGCCGCCGCGCGAGAAGGGCCCGGUGAACGUCUGACGAACAUUCUCCUUCCUCGCCGGCUAAUCUUCCCCCCCGCUUUCUCUCCCGCGGCGCGCGAGAGGGGAGGCGGAUUGCCGAAUUUGUACGGGCGAAACGUCAGCUGGUACUAGAAUAAGCAUUACUGUGAUCACGGCAUGGCCGCGCGUUGGAGGGUAGGGGGAGCUGCACCGGCUCGAUGCAGCUUGCGGUUUUGCGCGAUGCAGGGAUCUCACUAGGGGGCGCCUCCACCUGCCGCAGCGGCCCGGCCGUCCCGGAAGGAGGGCGUCGCCGGUGCGAUUCCCCGCAUGCGUGGCAAGAAGGUGCAUUUGGGUUCUGUUCCGGGGUUACAGUUGGAGUUUUUUUUAAUGCCGUGCAUUAGCUGAGUGACCUCGUGUGUUCUUCGGGAGUUGGGCUUGCUCAGAGGCCGACGACACGGCGCCUCCCGUGCCGCCUCCUUGGUGUGGAAGUCGAAGACGUACCUCAUUUGUAAUCGGUGCCCGUCUCGCUGCGACGUGCGUUGGCGUCGCAGUUCGUUCCACGUUUAAAUUAUUUUUUUUCUGUGUUGAAGCGAAAUUGAAGUCUCGGCUAGUCGAUGCCGGUGUUCAAAAGUGGCGAUGGGCGAUGGAGGUUGUUUUGGGUUUAACGAAACGCGUCGAAAAUGCAGUUGGGUGCUGCUUUUUCCGAGUAUGUGCAGCUCAAAGUCACGCACGCACGCACGCAUGCAUGCACACAUAAACGCACGUACGCACACACAUACGCAUCAAGACACUGUAAAUCCUUACAAUCCAUUUGCCAAAGAACCGGGGGCAGCAAUUUUAGCUGUCUGCAGUAAACGAGUCAUAUUGUAACACAAUCAUCAGUUUGAACUGACCGGUGCAGGGCGGCUGACUGCUGCUGUUCGCUUGACUAUGUAUAUAAAAAUUAAAUUCACACGUGUAUAUGUGUAUAUAUAUAUAUAUAUAUAUAUACAUUUAUAUAUAAUAGAAAGGCAGCCCCUUGGAUGUGUAAGCUUUUUUUGUUGCGCCGCACCCUGUAUGAUGAUGUGUUUUCUUCGUUCAACCCUGUUUUAUCCUUCAACUGUGAAGGUGGGGUGGGGGGGGAGAUGCUUCCUCCCCCGCGCGACAUUGUGCCGAAUCUCAUUGUUGCCCCGCGUGUAGGAGACAGCCGGGGCUUAGAGUUGACAAGAGUUAGCGGGAGAGAUGCGGAUGGAUGGCCGCGUACUCGGAGAGUGAAACGCGCGCGCUCGAGGUUAGAGACUUAGACGUAAUGUGUCGCGCGCAUCAGUUGUCGCUCCGUCGCGUCGCAUGGCGAAGAAAGAAAUAAGGGGGGGGAGGGUAAAAUUAACGUGUCGUUACCGGUGGGGACGUUAGUGGGGAAGAGGGGCGCGGGGGACGUGUUGGACGUUUAUGCUGGAUUCGAUUCAGCUUCGCUGUGCAUUUGCAUUUUCUAGCGGUAUAUGUAGGUGAUAUAGACAUGUGAAUUAUAAUGACUCAUCUAA